AUGAGUGAUUUACAUAUAUCAAAUAUUUCUAUUUUUGCUUUUAUUCUAGAUAAAUUUGAAUGCAUUAUCUAAUAGAUAAAUCCAAUGCCUUAUUAGACUUUUUAAUGUAUGAAACAGUCUCUAAACAGGAUAUCACCUAAGAAUUUACCUUAAUUUUAUGAAAAUUUUAUAGAUAAAAAGGCAGCCUGUGUUAUAAAUAAGAUGAAAAUGCAAAAUAGAAAUGAUAAUUUGAGCAUUAUUGAUAUCAUUCCAUUUAAAUCCAAUAUCACAAUUUUAUAAGUUGAAUUCUAAGACAUAGAUUGUGAAAAUUGUUAAAAUGGAUUAUUUAACAUACCAAUAAAAGAAAGUUAAAGUAUUUUAGAUAUUAAAUAUCUCAAUAUCUAUAGAAAUAAAUGUGGUAAAUCCAGCUGUAUAAAUAUUUACAAUAAUAUCCAAUCUCGUCGUAGAUUAUAAAAAUUAAUUCCAUAUGUCAAUAAUAAAACUUACUAAAUAAAUGUAUUAAAUUACCUAUGUUAAUAAAAUCAGGGAUAUGAAGGUACAUGUUUAAGAGUAUAAAAUAUUACAACACUGAUUCUUUCUUCUACUUUUAAAAAUAAUAUUGCUGUUCACAAAGGAGGUGCAAUUUUAGUUAUUGGAAUACAAGAUUUCUUUAUAGAGAGAUCAAUAAUUAUUGAAAAUAUUGCAAAUAUUGGAGGUGGAAUAUUUAUGACUGAUUAAAUGAUUUAAAAUAUGACACUUUUAGAUUCAUAAUCAAUUGAUAAUAUUGCAAAAAAGUACGGAAAUGAUGCAGCCUAAGUUCCUUCAUAAUUGGCUGUUUCAAUAGAUACUUUUAAUUAUUUACAAAAGAAAAAAAUACUUUAAACAGAAAAUCUAGUAAUAGAGUAAGUAUAAAUAAAGGAGUAUGAAGUUAUGAAGAAUGUUUUAUCUAAUACUAUCUAUUUUCCGAAUGGAUAAACUAUCUCUUAAUAUAAAUACUUUAAUUGGCAGAAAGAAGAGUAUUAACCAUACAAUUUGCAUUUAAGAAUAGUAGCCUAAGACCAAUAUGAUUCUAUUAUAAAAAAUUUAGAGAAAAUAUAAUGUACAAUUAAAGGUAGAUUACUUGAUGAUGAAAUAGAAAGGGAAUUCACAACUAAUUUUACAAAUUUAGAGAACAUUGAAUUUGAUAAUUAAGAUUAUAAUUUGGAUAAAAUGAUAAUAUAUUUAGAUGAUGAAUUAAAUAUGACUUUGCAACUUUAGUUUAACUGUAGUUCAAUUUAUAUUCCUGUAAUAGGAAAACAAAAUUAAAUACAAUCAUACCAUAGAAAUUAUUAUUUGAGAAUGAAUGUCAAAUCUUUACCAUGCCAAAUGGGAGAAAUCAAGAAGAUUUAAACUAAAAUCUGUGUUCCAUGUGAUCCUGAAUAAGGAUAAUAUUCAUUAGUAAUUAAUGCUCAAAAAUGCUAAAUCAAAGAUGAUGUUUCAACAAUUGAAAUCAAAUCAGCCUAACUUAAUCUGAGAGAAGGAUUUUGGAGGCCCUAUAUUAAUACUUAUUCAAUCAGUUAAUGUAUUAAUUUACUCCAAAAUUGUAAUGGAGGUUGGUCUAAAGGGGAUAAUUCUUGUACUGUUGGACACAUAGGUGCUUUGUGUGAAGAAUGUGAUUUAUAUGACUCUCGAGGAUAUGGAUAAUAUUCAACAAGUGUUAAAUAUUCUUGUGCUUCUUGCGUAAAUAAUUAUACAAAUAUUAUCAUUAUUACUUUGAUUACCAUUUGGUAUAUUGUAAAUAAUAUUUUAGGACAUUAAUUUCUAUUUUAAUUUCUGUGAAGAGCACAUUAGCAUUACUUGAAUAGAUUGCACUUCAAAUUUAAAUGACAAAAUUAAAGUUCAUUAAAAAAUAAAGAUAUUCUUAAUCUGCUAUUCUCAUAAAAAUGCUUACAAAUCAUCUGUAAAUAUUAACAGCCAUAACUACUUUUAAAAUAGAUUUUUCAUUUUUUUUUAACAAUUCCAUAAAUUCAAACGGAAAUCCAAUCGAAACAAUGACAUAUUCAUUAGAUUGCUUUUUAAUUUAAAUGUUCUCUGUAGAAAUUCAUUAUGCUAGAAUAAUAUGGUAAUUAAUAAUGCCAUUCAUAUACAUCAUUUUCUUUUUAGGAAUUUACUACAUUAUUGUAAAAUUUCGUGCUACUGAAUAUAGUUUGAGUGUUAUCACCACGACAUUCAUAUAUAUAUACAUUUACAUUUAACCAAAUCUAAUUGGAGGUUUUAUUUCAUUAAUAUCUUUUCGCUCAAUAUCUGGAUAUUAAUGGAUUCAAGCUAACGUUGCUUAUAGAUAUGAUACUCCCUAGCACUUUAUUUGGUUGGCAGUCUUUUGCUUGCCAGGACUAUUUCUAUUUGCAUUUCUCAUACCAUUUCUAUUUUUUAUCUCCUUAUACGUUAACAGAAAUAUUUUGAAUGAGAAAAGAAUCAGACAGAAACUUGGAUAUUUGUACAAUGAAUAUAAAAUCAGCGCUUUUUUUUGGGAAAUUGUUAAAAUUGUAGAGAAAGAGUUGGUAAUCAUUUUUCUAUCUUAUUAUGAUGACAAUAUUAUUCAGAAAGGCACUCUUGUUUUACUUGUUGUUUAUUUAUAUUCAGAAUUAAAUUAUAGAUUUAGGCCAUAUAAAAUGAGUACUCUUAAUAACUUAGAUGCCCAUUCAGCAAAGGUUUGUUAAGUUUCCAUCAUUUUGGGAUGUGGAAUAUACAUCAAUUAAUUAUAUGGCAAUAUUGAAACUUAAAUACCUUACUUCUUAAUCUUAGUCAUACUCAAUUUCUUUUACUUAUUGAUGCUUCUUAAUUAAAUAUUAAAAUCUUAUUGGGAGGAAUUAGAUGAUUAAUUGGACAAAUUGAGGGAAAAGAUAAUUGCUAUAGCUCCUUGGACUAUGGAUUAUCCAUGUCUCAGAAACUAUUUAGAGAAUAGUAGUAAGAGAAGGAAACGUAUUUAAGGAUAGUACCAAAAGAUUAAAAAAUAUUUACUUAGUUAUGCCAAGCCCAUCAAAGAGCUAAAAGACAAUCUCAAUUCUAUUUAAAACGAAAUCAGACCAUCCAUUAAUAUGUCCAUAACGAUCAAUUAAAUAAGAAUAUUUAAAGAAAAUUAGAUAUAAAUAUGA